UCGCGGCGGUGCAACGCUGCGCUCGACGAAACGAAUGUGUUGGCGUCUGAAGCGACGAUGCAAUGGGAACCGCCCGAGGCGUGUCGGUGCACCCUUGCAAAGGCUCUCAAUCGCAAGAAUGCAAAGGCCAACCGGAUGCGAGCAAUCGAGGAGGAGCAAAAUGAGAGCUUGUCGUUUGCUGGGUCUCUCGCUCGCACUAUCUCCUACCCUCUUCGUCUUCAUCGGGGUCCGUUCUUUCGGUCUCCCAUCCUGGCUCGUCCGUUAGCCUGCCGUUUGCCUAUCGAGGGGCGAGAAGGGAGAAACGGGACCUCCAAAGCGGCCACCAAGUCCAGGGAGGUCCUUCCUUCCAGAGCCAAUGAAGGAACCGAGGAAAAAGAGUACGAAGAAGAAGAAGAAGAAGAAGAAGACGAAGAAGAAGAACAAGAGAAGGAGGCAGAAGAAGAAGAAGAAGAAGAAAGGGAACGAACGGCUCCUUGGCAGGAUCAAAGGAUAUGGCGAGAUCCUUUUUGCUCCGGAGGGAUCGGGCACGAAGAGAGGGCCGAAAAUGUUCGGCUCGGGUUUCGGGCCGCGUUUAGAAGGGAACUCGCUUCGGCGAGAUUGCGAGGAACGAUCGCGUUCGCGGAGCUUGUUUCAGGGCCCCGGAGCCCCGAGCUGAUGGUUUCUGGAAUAUGGGCCGGGCCUGAUGGGUUCGUUUCGGCUGGUCGGAAUUGAAAGCCCGGCUUUAAUGGACCGCCGACACUUUGCAUCCGUCUCGUGGACGCCUCCUCGCCGAUGGAUCCUCCUCCCCCCUCCCUACUCUACCUUCUCUCCCCGAUUUUUGACAAAUUCGUGAAACCAGCCGCAGGUGUCGCGAUUUUCUCAAUUAGCGUUUCGUGACUUUUUCCUUUUUUUUUUUUUUUUUUUUUAGAGAGAGUAGAGAGGAAAAGAAAUUUGUGGAAUAUAUAAGAAAUCCCGGAUACUGA